UGACUGCCCAGUCGCUUGUUCACCAUGGUAUCUUCGAUUACAAACUGACCGAUUUGCUGAAGUUUGCUAAUGGUCUAGGUUGUGGUAAUUUCGUCUAAGCAUUUCUCGUGUUUGUAGAACUGGAAAAUGUCACGACGUUGCUGUGUAAAUAAGAGAGGUAACAGAUUUUUGACAGAUAAUUGCUGCUGGUUGCAUCUUGAUCAUAGGUGAUUCGUUGCCUGGUAUGUAGCUGUUUGUUUUGGUGACGUAUGCUUGAAUGCAUAUGUUAGGUUACGGGUUGAAACAAUUGAAUUUUUACUGAGGAGGUUAGGAAAUUUAUAUUUGUUGAAUUAUAAAAUGUAAUAAUGCAGUUUAAACGGACGUGUAGAUUCUUUGUUAAUAGGCGGGUUGCUUUCUUAAUUAUAUGUGUAUCAGUGACGUUGUUAGUAUUGUCAAUCAGACGUCCCGAAAACAGUCUGGCAGACGAAGAAGAAGCGGAAGUGGUGAUUAUUAAUCGAAGGGUGCAGAAACUGAGGAAGGAGCUGCAGAGACAAGCAAGCCAAGCUUUACUGGGGUCGGAACUGAGGAGUAUGCCCUCCAACAUCGAGGACCAGUACGAAGCAGAAAUUAGAGAUGAUGAAUUGAUGAAGGUUCCUAGGUUAGGGGACAAUGGAGUGGCCGUUAUUUUGCAGGGAGAAGAGGCGAAGCAGGCCGAGAAACUCAUGGAAGUGGAGGCUUUCAACAUUGUUCUGAGUGACAAAAUUCCCUUCUCGAGAAAGUUGCCGGAUGCACGGAACCCGAAGUGUAAGGACCUUACAUAUGAUUCAGACCUGCCCUCUGCAAGUGUCGUGAUUGUGUUCACCAAUGAGGCAUGGAGUUCACUGAUACGCACAGUGCACAGUGUUCUGAAUGGCUCACCCACACAUCUGCUCAAGGAGAUUGUUCUGGUCGAUGACUGCAGUGAUAGAAGGGAGUUGCAGGGCAGACUGGACUACUACCUGAGGACACGGCUGCCUUCCAAAGUGCGACUGCUGCGUCUGACAGAGAGGACAGGCUUGAUACGCGCAAGACUUGCAGGGGCCAGAUCAGCUGUUGGCAGUGUGCUUGUCUUUCUGGAUGCUCACUGUGAAGUGGUGCAGAACUGGUUGGAACCACUGCUUCAGCGAAUCAAAGAGAAGCGCACCGCUGUGCUCGUUCCAAUUAUUGAUGUCAUCGAUGACAAGACAUUUGAAUAUAUGUACAGCAAGUCAUCAUUAGACUUUUUCCAGGUUGGUGGGUUCACAUGGAGCGGACACUUUACAUGGGUGGUUGUUCCCGAAGCAGAAAAGGCCCGACGAGGUUCUUCCGUUGCACCAACCAGGUCCCCCACGAUGGCAGGGGGUCUCUUUGCCAUCGAGCGCAACUAUUUCUGGGAGAUCGGCUCAUACGAUUCACAAAUGGAUGUCUGGGGUGGUGAGAACCUGGAAAUGUCAUUCAGAGUGUGGCAGUGUGGGGGCUCCUUGGAAACCAUCCCCUGCUCUCGUGUGGGGCACAUCUUCCGUAGCUUUCACCCAUACACGUUCCCAGGAGGUAAGGAUACCCAUGGGAUAAACACAGCUCGCAUGGUGGAAGUGUGGCUGGAUGAGUACAAGAGCUUGUUCUACAUGCAUCGCCCCGACUUGCUGGGUCGGGACAUUGGAGACCUGACUGAACGCGUGAAUCUGAAGAAGCGACUGAAAUGUAAGCCAUUCAGAUGGUACUUGCAGAAUGUGUAUCCAGGCAUGUUCAUUCCAACAGAAAAUGUUGAGGCAUUUGGGCAGGCACAGAACCACCAGAGGUGUCUCGACAACCUUCAGAAAGGUACCAAUGGGGAGCAGUAUGAGCUGGGGCUGUACAACUGUCACCCGAAGGCAACCUCAAGUCAGUUCUUCUCGCUGACGCUGACAGGGGAGCUGCGACAGGAGAACUUCUGUGCCGAGAUACAGAACCCACUGGCCACACCAGUACAGGUUAUCAUGUUCCACUGUCAUGGCCAGAAAGGCAACCAGGAGUGGCGAAUGGAGGAUGGCAAACUGAAAAAUGUGCGGACUGACCUGUGUCUGGAUGCAUCUGAUGGUCAGCGGUCUGGCAAGGUGGCCGCAGCAGAGUGUUCCGGAAGCCUGUGGCAGACCUGGACAUGGAGCAACAGCACCACAUAAGUGCUGCUAAGUGAGGCCUGAUGUUUCAGAACUUGCCAUUUGCUUCACGGUUUGCAGUUGUAACAUAGCAGAACCACUGAUGAUUUGAAUGCAUGUACUGUGUCCAUUCGUCUGUCUGUCUGUCUACACUGAGAUAUGUCAGAUUUCGUUUUAAACAGUGCUGCUCUCAACAUUCCAAUAUGCCCAGACAUUUUUCUAAAAGUAAGUACAGUUAAUCUAGCAGGGAAAUUGAGGUGUUAUCUGUCAGUGCUGCCAACACUUGAACUGAACUCAGUUGUGACAUUGUACCUUGAUUCAUAACCUUGCAACAUAUGCCUCACAUGGAAACAUGUUGAAAUGAUUAGUUCAGUGAUGAUUCUGGAAGCCUGGGCACAGUUAAGAGCUUUGUUCCCCUCACACACCCCACUAUCCCAUCGACACCAACCGUAACCUCACCAGAUAUUCUUACCCAUCAUCAGUCACAAAAUUUCAGGUUUCUCACAUGGAGAAUGACAAAUAACCGUCACUGCAGAUGUGCCUUAAAACUUCGAGACAUACGAGACAGUGCAUUGACACCCAGGCCUUCUGCUACACAUCAGGUUUCUGCUGUUAAUUUGUUAUAUACUUAAUUAUGAUUUAUCCAUAUUUUUAAUUGAGAAGACUUGUGGGAAAGUUUGUUCUUCAGGUCCUGGCAACAUUUGUGGAUGCUUUAUAAGCAUAACAUGCCCAUGCUUGUGGUGUAAGAAUUCCCAAGCUGGGCAAAAUAUUAUAAACAGAAAGUGUUAAUAAUAAAAUAUUGUGCCAUGUGUCAACUUAUAAUAUGAACUGGAUAUUAGAGAACUGUUUGACAAACUUUGGUGAGACUGGAUCAUGGCAAGCCUUAACAGUUUUAGGUAAACAGUAACAUAGGCUCUGAAGUCACUGUUCAUAUCCAUUACAUCAUUUUUUAACCUUUGUAGUUGACAUGGUAUUGUUAAAUAAACAGAAACAUUCUUAGAAAGUAUAAGUGUAUAACGUUGGGUGCAAAAUAUCUCCAGGCUUGAAGUACAUCAUAGGAAGUUGGGAAGGGUAAGGGGCAGUACAAGGAAAGAUUGAAUUCUUUUCACAAGUGUACAUCUUGUGGUCAUCAGCUGGCCGGCCAACAGAGCUACAUCAGUAUGGUUGUGUUGUGGCUGCAGUGUAAUGCCUGGCCAGUUCUUGUUUGAAGUAAUGUGCACACAAGUGUGUAGGACAGAGACAUACACUGUUAUGUCCCAAGUGCCAUACCAAACAGUGCAGUAUGCAAAAUAUGAAAUCACCUUUGCAAAAUAAAAAUCAGUAAUUACAGUAAUUGGAGAGACUACAAAAAUUGUAAAUGAUGCCUGAAAGUGUCUUAGUGUUACAUUUAUUUGAAUAUAAAAUUCAGAAUCAA